CGCAGCCAUGUUGCAUACCAAGCCUCAGCUUCCCCUCAAUCAAUGAAAACCUCCCAGUUUCAAAUCAUAACAAAUCAACCCCAUUAUCCAAAAUGAAGCCGUCGCCGUUUACGUUUGACCCUCGUGCUGAUACUCUACUCAUUCUGCAAAACCCCAACGCGCAUCUACAAGAGGAAAAUGAGGUCCAAGUGGACUCGGAGCCGGAGUAUGAACGGCUUGGGUCCGAUGAGGCGGGGUUGAUGGAAACAACAAAGGCCCGACGCGAUUCACCGAUGACUUUGGAUAAUGACCAGAGUUAUCCGAGAGGUUCGUUAGAAGAGGGCGGGUCAACGCAGGUCGAAUUCCGGGUGUCGUCGAGACAUUUGAGUCUUGUCUCACCAGUUUUCCGGGCGAUGCUGGAAAGCCAAUUCAAAGAGUCUCGGCCAAAUGAUCAAGGGCUCUAUGAGCUCCAAGCUAGCGAAUGGGAUGCCGAGGCACUCGUGAUCUUGCUCGACAUCAUCCACGGUCACCAUCGCGAGGUCCCGAAACGGAUAUCAGUGGAGACGCUCUCGCAUAUAGCAAUUAUUGUCGACUACUACGGCUGUCACGAGAUCAUGGAGCUGGUUUUCGCUGCUUGGGUGAGCUAUCUCGGACCGCCAGAAGAUUUCGUCAAGCAAGAUCCGAUGCGAUGGUUGUUUAUUUCUUGGGUCUUCAGGCAAGAAUCAUUAUUUACAACCGCAACGAAGAUGCUGCUCUUGUACGACAAUGGCAAAUACGUGGUUGAUCUACCAAUACCCCAGCCAAUAUUAGAUAAAAUUGACGACAACCGUCAAUUCGUUCUCAAUACCCUCUUCGGCCAUCUCUACAAUCUCCAACAAGAUCUCCUCGAAGGUAAAGCUGGCUGCUCAGAAACGUGUGCCAGUAUGCUUCUCGGUUCAUUGAUGAAGCAGAUGCGAACAAGAGGCCUUACACCUGUUAGGCCAUCGAUGCCUUUUGAUGGAUGGAGAGUGGAGGAUGCACGAAGUAUGAUUCUCGGUUUUGCGGCGCGACCUUGGCGCGUGCCUGGAAGGUCCACGGAUCACCCUUGUACAUUAAACAAGUUUUUGUUUUCGCGCGUUAGUUUGACGCUUGCACAUGCGAAAGGGCUUGAGUUGAAGGAUUUUGAGGGGAGUCCCUGCGCAUUAUUUCAAUCUAUGAGCUCAUAGUAGCUCAAGUGUAUCUAUCUCACAUAAACUCGAUAUAA